AUGGUAUUCGUAAACUCAACCUUUAGAUUUACAGUUUUCACUGGUGAAUUAAAUGCAACAAAUAGUUUAUUUAGAUUCAUUGGCUCAUCAUUUAUAAAUGGUGGAAUUGUUUUUAAUUUAAUAAAUAGUGAUAGUAGUAGCGGUGAUAGUAGUAGCAAUAGUAGUAGUAAUAGUAGUAGUAAUAGUAGUAGUAGUAGUAAUAGUAAUAUUAUUUGUAUUAGUGGUUGUGGUGUAUCAUUUAGUGAUAAUAAUACAACCAUUACAUUUUCCAAAUCAGUUGAUCCAUUAAUUAUAAUUAUAGCCUAUCGGUAUUCAUAUGUAUCAAUUGAAAAUGUAAAAAUAAAAGGUUACAGAAGUUCAAAUCCAAUGGUAAUUUCAAGUGAAGGUUCUGAAAUAAUAAUGAAUUCAAUUUUCAUUGAAGAUUGUAUAUCAAACUCAUUAAUAUCAACUAGAAAAGGAGGUUUUAGUGAUGGUGGUAGUAUUGAAAUUAAUAAAAUUAAAUUCAAAGAUAAUACAUUCGAUUCAAUAAUUGAUGUGACUGGUGUUUCAAAUGUAACAAUUAGUGAAUUAAUUACAACAUGUGAAAUGAAUAAUAAAUUCUAUUCAAUGAUUGUAAUGGCAACAGCUGAUGAUGUUUAUGAUGUUAAUAAUCAAUACUUAUCAAAGAGUAAUGUUAGUUUUUCAUUUAUGGAAUUAAGUUGUAUUGGUUCAUUUCAAUUUGAAAGAGCAUUAGUUGAAUUGUUAAUAGUUAAUAUGUCAGCUUCAUUUAAUCAAUUUUUAUUUACUCUAACUAAAGAGAGUAUUUUAGUAAUUGAUAGAUGUGAUUUCAUUUUAGAUCCAUUAACAUGUUCAACAAAAAGUACAGCAUUCUUGGUUGAAAACAUUAGUGAUUUAUAUAUUGUUGAUAGUAUAUUUGGUUAUUCGGGUACUGGUAUUGUUGUAUCAACAAAUGGAUCUAGUAUAACUUUAGUAAAUACAAGAAUUCUAAGUAUAAUUCUAAGUGUACCUGUUUUUACUAUUGGUCAUUCAACAUUGGAUUUUUAUAAUUGUACUUUUGAACAAACAUAUAUACCAUCAACUUCAUUAAUUGAUAGUUUCAUAUCAAAUAUUACUAUUGAUAUUUGCACAAUCGAUACAUUGGGUGAUGUAUUUUUAGAUGGUUUUGGUUCAAAUAUAAUUAUAAAUCAAUUGGUAAUGACAAAUUUCUUUACACAAUAUAGAUUAUUUCAAUCUAAUUCAGAUUCUAUAAUAAUUUCAAAUUCAUUAUUUAUAAAUAUUCAUGGUUUUGGUUAUCAACUUUUUCAAUGA